AUCCCAGAUGAUUUCAUCACCAUUUGUGGCAAACUUCCAAGGCUGAAAUCAGUAGAUUUUAGUGUGAAUUCUAUUUCUGGAAAAUUACCUAGUUUCAAUAAAGGUGGUUUUACCAACUUAGAGUCCCUCCACUUGUCUUAUAAUUUACUGAAUGGAAGCAUUGGAGCGCGGUUUGAUGGCUUGGUGGCUCUCAAGAGCUUGAAACUUGGCUCUAAUCAAUUGACCGGGUCAAUUCCUAGCAAUCUUUUUGGAAAUUUGAAGGGGUUACAACAACUUGAUUUGUCAGACAAUUACUUUCAAGGCAGAAUCCCAGAGCACUUUGUUAAUUGCAACAACCUCACAUAUCUUGAUCUCUCUUACAAUAAGUUGACAGGUACGAUCCCUUCUGAACUUGGUUUAUGUCAGGAGUUGUUGUCUUUAAACUUGGCGGGAAACAGGUUAUCUGGUGAACUGCCAACAGAAUUGGGUAAUCUGAAGCAGCUUCAGGGGUUGAGACUUGAUUACAAUAACUUUGUUGGUAAGAUACGUCAUGAAUUCACACAGCUAUAUAACUUGAAACGCCUAAUUAUCAGCUGGAACUCGCUGAGUGGUUUAACACCUUUUAUCACUAACUUGACUAACCUUCUUUACCUAGAUUUGUCUAACAACAAAUUUAGAGGUUCAAUCUUCCCUUUUAUCUCAAACUUGACUAAUCUUGAAAAUCUGGAUUUGUCAAACAACAAUUUUAGAGGUUCAAUCUUCCCUUUUUUCUCAAACUUGACUAAUCUUGAAAAUCUGGAUUUGUCAAACAACAAUUUUAGAGGUUCAAUCUUCCCUUUUUUCUCAAACUUGACUAAUCUUGAAAAUCUGGAUUUGUCAAACAACAAUUUUAGAGGUUCAAUCUUCCCUUUUUUCUCAAACUUGACUAACCUUGUAAAUCUAUAUUUGUCAAACAACAAAUUUGGAGGUUCAAUCUCCCCUUUUAUCUCAAACUUGACUAAUCUUAACAAUCUAGAUUUAUUAAACAACAAUUUAAGUGGUUCAAUCCCUUCUAUUAUCUUUAACUUGACUAACCUUGUAAACCUGGAUUUGUCAAACAACAAUUUUGGUGGUUCAAUCCCUAUUUCACCUUCUAUCACAAACUUGAAAAACCUUGAACGCUUAGAUUUCUCAAACAAUAAUAUAAGUGGUUUGAUACCCAAAAACAUUGGUGAAAUGUAUUCCCUCAUUGAAAUCCAGUUAGGAGACAACUAUCUUAGCGGAUAUAUUCCUUCCAUGCCCAUAAAUUUAGAUUACGCUCUGUAUCUCAGUAACAAUUGUUUCAAAGGACGAAUCUCAACGUCACUUAAUCAACUGUAUUAUCUGAAGAUAUUGGAUCUCUCCAACAACAGAUUUUCUGGUCUCAUUCCAUCAAUUUUUGAAGACAUGCUACAGCUCACAUAUUUGAACUUAUCAGGCAACAAGCUGUCAGGGAACAUUCCCUCAAGACUCGGGUCAGGGUAUCUGAGCUCUCUUGAUUUAUCAUAUAAUAAUCUGUCUGGUUCGAUUCCACCAAUGCUGCAGAAAUUCACAUACGAAGCUUUUGCCGGCAAUCUUGACCUCUGUGGACAACCAGUUACAGCCAGCUGCGACAUUGUGAAAGGAGGAGAUGAUGAAGAUGAAGGCAAAGGCAACUUUUAUAUAGGGUUGUACGUGAGCAUAGGGCUUGGAUUCUACUUUGGAUUUUGGGGAGUGUGUGGUACUCUUGCACUAAAACAUACUUGGAGAUAUGCCUUCUUCAGCUUCAUUUACAGUGUAUAUAACAGAAUGUAUGUAACUAUAGCUAUUUAUGUUGCCAGAUUUCAGAGGAAGUGUCUGACAUAAACACAGUCUGUAGUUUAUCAUCUCAAUAUCAUUGAUGCAGUUUACGUUGUUGAAUAAGCUAAGCUAUGUUUCAGUGAUUCACAUAGUAUAGCACCACCUACUUCUCCUGAUUGAUAAAAGUUUUCUUGAAUUUCCGGGGCUAGAUGUUCCUUCAAUCGUUUUUGUUGUUAAUCUUGUUAUUGUUGUUGGAUCAUAACAUUAUGUUCAUUGUUUUUUAAGUAAUCUGUUUUUUUUUUUUUUUUCUUCUGGAAAUCCACUGACCACUGUAUGUCUCCAUAAUCAAGACAGCUGUAGCCUUGAGUCAAAGCAAGUGUUUAUCAAAUUUAAACACACACUGUAUUUUCUCAAGUAACAUUGUCAUCAGUUUAUUAGAGAUCAAAGUUUCCUGUAAGCAGUAAGAAUGGACACAUUCAACAGUACAAAUUAUGUUAAAGCAAGUAAUGUACUAUGUACACAAAUGGCAAAAAAAAAAAAAUAAUAAAAAAUAAAAAACUUCCCUUCCUCCAAUAAAAUACAGUGAGGAAAUCAAUAAAAUUCAUCAAUAAAAUUGCUUGCCAAGGGACAUUAGUAGUCGUGUUUGGUUUUCGGAUUUUCCGAGUUGUAUUGUUCCUAUUUUGGAGAAAGAUCUCCCUAUGAAUGAAAGGUAAGUGCCUUUGGGCCUCGAUUCAAAAAAAAAAAAA